CAAAAAUCAAUCCUACUUAGGUCGGGUCCGAUGCAGUGCUUGGGUGGAUGAAUAACGGACAAGGCGUUAUACAGGACUUUUUCCUUGGUGAUAAAGAAAACAUGGUGUUAGCUGACGAUCAACAGGAUAUCAGUGACUUAACUGUAACCUAUGAGGACGACACAUUAAUUCUCGAGUUUACCAAGAGUGGAAACACCAACGAUGACAAGGACAUUCGUCUCUCUGGGGAAUGCGUGUUUCUCCUUAUGCCUGAUGUCGGAGGCCCUGUCGUGGACGGCCAGCCUAUGUAUCAUACACAGGCACCAAGAUCCACGCCGGAAAAGUUCUGUUUCACAACUUGCAAAGAUCCGAACGCAAGUGUUUCAAUCUACGCCACCACUUGGCUGACUUUAUUUUUAUCUUUAUUCAUUCUUAUUUUAUGUCUGUAAAGAGUAACAAUUGAAGCUCAAUGAACACAAUUAGUUAUAUAAACCAUUCUGUAUAUAAUACACAAACUAAAUGUCAUUUUGACAGUUAAAACCGCAUAUUAGUCACAAUAUACCGUACCGGUACCUUACAUAUUAUAUUGUAUUUAAUGUUUUACGUUAUUACGACUCACGUAGACUUUUUUUUUAUAAGAACCAGUAAAAUUUUGCACAGGCUCAGUAUUUUUUAUUUUUUGGCCGAUUUCAGGCUCAAAAUGUUCUUAUUUUGUUCUUAGACACCUUUUAAACAAAAAAAUUAUUUAAUUGUACGGCAGUAAGAUAGAUUGAGGCCUAAAAUAAUGAUUGAACUGAAACAUGACUUCGCACGUUUACGAUAGUUACAUCAAAUUGUAAAUGAGAGAAAAUAUUUAUUUAUAAGAAAUGAUUACAUAUUUUGAUAAAAUUAAUAAGUUGGUAUCUUUGCAUUAUUAAGAUUUAUUCUAUAUUUCCUGAAUAUCCACUUCACUAUUUCAACUUUAGUAUAGUAUAGGCUACUUAUUUAAUUUCUUGAAAUGUAGCGUCUAGCGUCGUUACAAAAGAAAUUUGGUGGUCGAUUUUUUUCGCAGCGUAACAUAAAGCGAGACUCAUUGACUCAAGUUAUUAUUCUAGAAAUAUGGAGAAAAGAAAUUGUAUUCAUUUUAUGUUAAUACUCAAAUGGAGAAAAAUGUUCCCAUUAAUCUUUGAGCUACCGCUAAUCCAUACCGUUCUCUCUUAACAGUAACCUUUUACCCACAUAAUGGAGCUCGAGGUCUCCGUUUAUAUGACUGCGUUGCCAAAGGGCAAAAAUGCCUGUCUGGGACCUUCGGAUAGAAUUUGCAGGCAAUGUAACCCCUUUCCGAAAAUAUUCACGUGUUACUAAAUACGCACAAUUCUGGCAAAUAGAACAUAGUGGUAGAACGGUCAAGUAAUUUACAUCUCCUGCCCUCACCGGACCUCUGCCAACAAAAAGAGCUCUGAGAAGAACGCACAUUAUAUCUUAUCAUAAGGGAGGAUGCGCAAGUAGUGUCCAUACUGUAUUCUAAAAUAUUGCACAUAACAAUGUUUUUAUUUAUCACAUACAUUCCGAUGAUAGACUCGUGGUUUUGAACAUGUAUACAAUACUAGUAGACCUAUUUAAAUAUCCAGUGUUUACGAUUAAAACGUUAAGUUUGGAUUCCGUAAAAACGCUACAGGGUCACUCCAAUGCAAUCGGGAAGGCUCCCUAUCCAACAGCGUCGACAGCAGUAUACCAAUUUUAUGAAAACCAGACAUGAAUUAGGCUACUUAUAUAUUUUUGUGUAAUUUAUAGAUUCUAGGUUAAAUUUUCUGUAUUUAUAGAUGUCUUACAAUUUAUUAGAAUAUGAAAGAGUGUUUCGAAGGCAUAAAAGUAGUUGGUUAAAUCAAUUGCUUUUCGGAUGUAAAUUAUUCAAUUGUUAAGAUAAAUUAUAAGUUUUAUAGAUAUAAAUAUAUAUUUUAGGGAAAAAAAGUUUAUGAACUUACUAGUGGCAUGUCAAUAUUGUGCUUUUCAAAAAGGUUUUGAUAAAUUUCUAUGAAUCGCUUAUUGUAGAAUAAUGGCUACAUAUCGAAACAUAGGCCUAUUAAUUAUGCUAUUGUCUCGCUAUCAUACCAGGAUAUUUCCGCUUAACCUAGCAGGAUAUUUUUUAUAAGUUUUAUGUGUCGGUUAACGGACACAUACUACUUGUCAGUUAAGUUUUACACUCCGAAAAGUUCCUUUUUGUCCUUUGACCUACGUUUUUAGUCUUUAGAAUGAAUAAGUACUAAUGAUAAUGCACAUGUUUUUUUGUAAAUUUAUUAAGACCAAUGUAUUCAACUGACCAAUACGGUACUGUAACAUUGCAUUGUUGCUUUAACGUUCUGUUUAGUAAUUCUAAUGGGGAAACGUUCAACUUCAAUAAUGGAAAUUAAUUAGGGUCAUUGUUGGAUUUUAUAUCCUAAAGUCCGGAUAAAUGGUUUGUCCAUGAAUGAAGUGGUGACCAAAGCUUGAUAAAGCGAUGUACUGCAAAUUUGAAGGAUGUAUGGCCUUAAUAAGCGACGGUCGAGUGUAUGCCUCUGGAUGGGAAAUAUCCGCCUAGUAGGCUAUUGCACAUAACCAAUAAUGUACCGUAUGUAUACUACGUAAUAAUUAAUUCAUACUACAGUACUAAUUAUUACAAGUUAACAGACACAGCUUCCAAGCUCAAAUUAAACUGCUGCACUUAACUACGAGUGAUGUAGUAAAAUAAAUCAAAUGGCGAUUGAUACAACAAUUUUUACUGAAAAGAGAAGCAAUAAAGUUACAAACUUGAAUAAGUCAGUGCCUUGAAAAUGUCAAUAAAUACAAAGCGCACA